AAACUGCGUAACUUUACUUCCUUGUUUCAUUGAAUACAUGAUAUUUAAAUGGCGCUAGUCGGAACAGAUAUUAGUAUUGGAUUUAAUUUUGUUUUUAUAUUCAUUAGUUUCAUAUCUUUCGUUUCUACGUCAAGAUAUUGCAAUAUAGAGUAUGAGUGUUAUAAGAUAUGCAAUCGAAGUAUAUUUCAUCUAACAGAUUGCGGCUGGUGGAUCUGCCCAUCGUACGCAACAAGGACUUAUACUUGUAAGUCGGUGUGUCAUAGAGAAGACUGUUGUAAUGGCUACACCGGAGUUAACUGCAGUACACCAACUUCUUGUGAUGAUGCACAAAGCUUACCAGACCUAGAAAGACGAGCACGAAACUAUCAAGCGAAAGGAGAUAUUGGAAAUGACCCCUAUAUUAAUGAUGAAUACUUGGGUCCUGGCUGGUUUAGUGUAGGAAACUAUAGAAUGCCUGACAGUAACACUGUGCCCAAUAAUUCGUACUGUGGUACUAUACAGCCUGUCUAUAUCCAAGGAACUCAUCCAGACGUUUCCACUUUUACUGAUGAUUCGCCUGUUUCUUUGGUUGCAUGUGAAUUAUACCCUUUUCAUGUCUGUUUGAAUACCAUCAAUAUAGAAGUAAGACAAUGCGACAAUGAUACUCAGUAUUACCUUACACGUACAAGUGCGCAGUCAGGCUAUUGUAUUGAUCCCCCUAAUAUAGCUAACGUAGCAGUGUUUGAGGCAGCCCCAACUGACGUCACGAUAGGUGAUCUAACGGUAGAUCCAAAACUAAAGUUUAGAGAAAACAGAGGUUACGAAAUUCCUUAUCUACAUUUUGAAUGCACUGAAAACCCUAAAGCUGACAGAUCAGCCGAUCAGAACUUCUAUUCAACAUAUUGGUUCGUCGAGUCAACGUUAUUGAAGGCCUAUGAGAGACAAAGCAAUUUUAAGACAAUCGACGAAACUGACCUAAUGGACAGUGGGUAUCAACUCGGUGUUACGAUUCAAUGCGGAAUUCGUGUUUCAACGUCAAUUACUGGUUUUCAAACUGAAAUGAAAUCUAGUGCAAGUUUCUUCGCUGGAGUUGAAAUUGAACCACUUGUAAUCAACAUGAACAAAGGCGAUACUGCAAGUAUUACACUUCGACCAACUGUCCCAUUCGGUUGUUACGCUGCUGUCGGUGCAACCCCAACUGGCAGAUGCUUUCACACAGUAAAUAUGCAUUAUCCAGACUUGUCAAAUACUCAGUGUGAAAUUGACAUAACAAGCUUUGGAUCUGUGCCUAUGGUCAAUAGUCUUCAAGAACAAUGUGGUGUAGAAAUAGAGGGAUUUUACCCGUACCAAGCCGUUACCCGUACCAGUUCUACACUAGUGAUGGACUCUGUUUCUAUGAACCUUACAUCACCAUACUUCUCAGACUCAGAUCCCACAGAGUAUAAGCUUAGUUUGAAAACAAAAAACGGCGGCACCCAUGAAAUAUGGAAAAAUGUAUAUUUGUCUCAAGUUCAGCUGAAUAUUAUAACACAAAAUAAAUACAAGAAGAAAAUGUGUUAUGCGCAUGUUGACCCACAUAUGAAGACAUCUGAUGGAAGGCCAUAUGAAAAUAAUGAUUAUGCUGGCUCCUUUAUUAUGUAUGAGCAUGACACUGGCAUACAGGUACAGAUGAAAACAGUCGCCUGUAAUAACAAUCGAGCUUAUUGUGCAUGCGCUGUUGCGGUACGAGCAGGAGGCGAUGUCUUUUUGAUAAAUUUAUGUGGAGGUUUGAGAUUUAAAGAUAUGACGUCAUGCAAAGACGGAGGAACUCUGGUUGUUCAAAAAUAUAGCGAACUUAGCUAUCAGGUGCAAACGAAUAUCGGGACUUUGGUGAAGAUAAACAUUCUGUCUGGAAACUAUAAAAACCUAAUGAAUAUUGAUAUAUACAUGGCACCCAAAGAUUACAACAGAAUCAAGGGAUUGUGUGGCACAUUCGAUGGUUAUACAAAUAAUGAUUUCCAUGACAGGAGUGGAACAAAAGUUGACAGGACCUCUUUUUUGCAAGCUUGGAAAUUAUCAAAUUCGGACAUCAAUUUGCUUGAACCAAGCUGUAGUGUUGACGUUGGAACGUGGACAGAAAGUGGUCAGCCUUUAUACUGUACCUGCAACUGCUUUAAUGAAGGUCAGUGUGGAACACUUGAAGAAACGGCGACCUGUUCUCCAUCGCAGUAUGUUAACUGCACUGUCAGUCUUACUAUUACUAGUGAUUUAUGUCAAGAUUAUGAAAAAAGAUGUAGCAUACAGAGCACCCGGAAAC